AUGGAUCUUUAAAGUAUUGUUAUUUAAAAAGUUGGUAUUAGACAUGCAUAUAAUUAUGGUUUUUGCAAACUGUUGAUUCACAGAUUUUCUUUAGUGGGGAUAUGUGUUUAUCGUCACGUAAUUUUUUUAAUGAUUGGUUUCCUUCAUCGUGACGUCAAAUUACGUUCAGAUGCUAUCGAGUAGUGAAACUCGUAAUGAAUAGUGAAAAUGCACAGCCGCAUUUAUUAUAUUGAAAUUAUUUAGUUAUUUAAAUAAACCAGUAGAAUAUUAGGAAGCCAAGCAUUGUAAGUUGCUUAAGUGGAUAGCAUGGUGCUGUACAGAUUAAGUAGUAAAGCUCUCCAGCAGUUUAGAUGGAGUGGCUGAAGAAUUUGUACGAUUGUUAAGGGUUUUUGGUGAGUAUCUCCGCUGCGGUGUCCCGCAGGGUGCUCGCGACAGCAUGGCCGCCCAGCAGAUAUGUCUCAAGUGGAACAGCUUCCAGUCGAACAUCGUGACGAGCUUCGAGAAGCUGUGGGAGGAGGAGGGCCUGGUGGACGUGACGCUGGCGAGUGACGGCCAGUGCAUCCAGGCGCACAAGGUCAUGCUCUCCGCCUGCAGUCCCUUCUUCAGGAAGGUUUUCCAGAGCAACCCGUGCCAGCACCCGGUCAUCAUCCUGCAGGACGUGCACUUCUCGGAGCUGGAGUCGCUGCUCUGCUUCGUGUACAAGGGCGAAGUGAGCAUCGACCAGGAGAGCCUCCCGGCCCUGCUGCGGGCCGCCGAGACCCUGCAGAUCCGCGGCCUGUCGGGCGCCUCGGAGCAGCUCCGCGGCAAGGCGGGCUCCCCCCAGAAGCUGCCGAGCGAGGUGCUCUCGGACGACUCCCUGUCGCACCCGCCUGUCAAGCGACAGAGGAGCGCCCGGCCCUCCCUCUCCCCGCCGCCGCUGGCCCUCACCCCCGCCCCCCGGCCGCGCCUCCCCUCCCCCUCGUCGUCGGUGGAGGUGUGCGAGCGGCGGGGCGGGGCGGGCAGCGAGCCCCCGGGCCCGGGCGACGCCCACUCGGACAGCCCGUCCCCGCUCGAGUGCUCCCUGGACGACAGCCAGGACGACUCCACGCUCAACCUCGCCCUCAGCCACGCCAAGAUGGCCGAUGAGGACACUGGACAGUGCAAAGGCGAUGGGGACCUAGGCCUCGCCGGGCUCCUGCCCUACCAGAAGCUACCGUACGCCUUCCUGCUGCCGCGCGCGCAAGUGCUGGCCACGUGGGCCAAGGCGCGCACCCUCGAACAGUUCGCCUGCGACCUCAUGAAGAUCCUGUUCUCGACGGAGGAGCGCGUGCUCUGCAACGUCAACGGCAAGAUGGGCAAGCAGCAGUUCGACGUGCACAAGGUGCGGCUGAUCCGCGAGACGCUGCACUUCUUCAGCGGGCUGCCCCCCGCCGAGUUCGAGGAGCAGUGGAAGAGCUGCGUCACCAAGAUCGACACUGCCAACCGGGGGCUCAAGCGGAACCUGGUGCUGCGCGAGCGGCGCGCCACUUCGCUGGUGGUGGGCCGCUUCGCCGACCACUUCGGAGCGCUGUGCCGGGUCAAGAAGGAGCAGCUGGACGACCCCUACCAGACGUCCCAGGACGGCGAGGACGAGCCGGUCUAACGCUCCUGCCGGACUCACUCUCGUUGCUCACGAACCAGGUUUAGGAUAGGACAAUCUACCUCUCGCCCUGCAGUAUGUAUGUUGUACUCUCGCGUAACUACCAAGCCAUAUUAUAAAAUAUUGUAGCGUCAUUGUUGUGCGUACUGGCUUCGUGUAACUAUAACACAUAACCUGUAAGUGCAUCCCUCCAGCAACAAUGCAAUGCAUUUUCUAUAAACUAUUACUAUGACACAUAAAAGGAAAGUGUUGUUUCUGCAUAAUUUUUUUUUUUUUUUAAAUAAUUUUAAAUAUAUCUACUGGUGUUGCAGACUUAAUUUGUGUAGUAAUGGAAAGAGAAGUAUUUUGGUCUUGCCUGCCUUGAUGUUGAAACCCUUUUCAAAAUUAUUUUUUUAUGUUUCAAUUCUAAAACUUUUCAAAUUAAUAUUAAAAAAAUAAAGUUGUAAUUAUUUCAUGUGAUUACUACUAAACUGUGCCAAAUUUAAUUUCACUUACAAUAGUUUGAUGUCUUAGUCUGCUAGUUUUUAAUGCUAAACAACAUCAUAGCUAGCAAGCUUUCUGAAUUGUUAUCUAUUUCCAUUUAUUUACAGGAAUUUCUUCCUACUUCUUCAACUGAUAUUAACUGCAAUUUGACAGCACUUUAACUAACAAACUUGAAAUAUUUUAGAUAUUUUUUGUUGGGUUGAUUUCAAUAGAAUAUAAUUCAGAAUGAAAUGGUUUUGGAAUCAAAGCUAGUCAAUAUUUUAUCUGUAGUAAAACCUCAAAAUUGCAAGUUAUUAUAUCAAAAUUUAUUUGUUGAUAACUCCAGACAAUGAUUUCAUCUGAUUAAUACGUUUUUAGUUGUUUAAUAGAGGUGUUGGGCCAAUUUGUUUGUGUUGUUUGAUUUAUUAUGCAGGGCUUUGUUCAUUCAGUAAAUAAUCCAUCCAAUUAAUCUGAAAUAUUAUCAAAUUAUCAUUUUAUACAUUAGGAUGAAGACAGUUCUAUUAUUGCACUUAAUUUAAAACAAUGUAGAUUAAAAGUUAAAAUUCCUAAAUUAAUAAACACUACUUAAUAAUAAUUUACAGCAAAAUUAUGAAUAUACAAAUUUUAAAUAAUCCUCUUCCAACAAGUGUCAUUACAAUUCCAAUAAAAUUUAAUGGUUAAUUGUGUUGUUUUAGUAAGGUUCACCCCUUUUAUAAAUUAAAUAUCAAAUUGAGUUUUGUCACUAUAUAAAAAGAAACAAAUUUAUAUAACGUAAUUUAUGUUACUGAUUUGUUGCGUUUAAAAUUUUAAAAUUAAAAUACAAUACUUUUAGUUUUAUUAUCUAACAAAAACAAUACUUGCACACACAAACUAAUUUAUUUUAGGUUCUCAGGUAACCAAAAUUCUAAUGCCUAAGCUUUUAAAUCUGUAUGCUAUCUGUGAUAAUUGUAAGUGAAAUGAACAUAAUUUGUAAUGACAUUUGCAAAACAACUUACAGGUUUUUUUUUUGUAUCCAAAUACCUAUAUUAAUCAGAAGGCUGAUUUUAAUAAGCAUUUUCUUAAGAUAAUGAAAUUUGAUGGAAUGGGAAUACUUUAAAAAAAGAAACUGGAAUCUUCAUUUUUAGGAAUGUACCCAACACUAAUAUUUUUUUUAUGCGAGGAAAAACUUGAUUAGCUUUUUCCAAAGUACCUAUAAUUGUGUUGAAUGUUUAUUAUAGUUUUUCUUAAGUUGAUGAGAUGCAUUUAUAAACCAAUUUUAGCAAAAUACCUUGUAAUAUUUUCCAUUAAUUUUUUUUCUCCAUGAUUUUUUUAAUGGAGUGUAGUUAAAAUUAUGAUUUUCAAUUAUUAACCUUGAUUUAGUUAAUGAAUUAGUUGCUGCUAUUUUUAUUAUGUAGUAAAAUAUAGUAGUACAUACCUUGAACUUGGUUUUAAUGCAGUUCAUUGAACAAAAUCCAACUCUCUAAAGAUUUUAUUUACGUAUUUUUACAUUGUUAAUUGACAUCAUAGUGGCAAUCUAUAUUUAAUGUCUUUGUGAGAGCUUAUCUUCCCACUCCUUAGGUGUGAAUUAAAAAAAAAAUACUGAACUUAAAGUGAUCAUAUCAGGGUUCAUUAACUGCAGAAAUACAACAUACAUAUUGGCUACACUUAUUUUUUGACAGUUGUUGCAAUGUUUCAGGAAUUUAAUUUUUAUAUCACAGAAACAUAAUAAACCUAUGCGAUCAAAUAAAUCUGUUCAUAGUUGUAGAUAAAGGUGACUGCUUUAAAGAUGUGCUGUAUAGACUUAAUUUUGUAAUGACUGUAAAUGUUAUUUAUAAAUGAACUUUCGUUGUUCACCAGCAUAUAAUAGUAUGUAAAGUUAGUUGAUGGCCCUGUUGAAAAUGUACAACUAAUAUGUGGAAUCUCGCAAUGUUAAAUAUAUGUACUAUGUUUUUAUUCUUUUUUUCUUUUUUAAAAUUUGGUUUUGAUAAGUGUGUGAUUAGUUGAGGUAUAUAUCUAUAUAAUACAGUAAAAAUCAUGGUUGUGAUUAUGUGUUUUCUUUACUUUUUGUUAUUAAAAUUGUUUUAAGUUGUUUGUGUAGGUUGGUAGGUAAUAUUUCCUUAAUCAGCAAAUACCUGUCUGUUAGUUCCAUUUAUUUUCGUCUGUGAUGAACAGUAAGUAGUAUUUUACGUAUUGAGUCGCAACUUGAAGCAAGAGUUGAAUGAAUUGUAAGUGUUGGUGAAUAUAAUAGUGUUGUAGUAACGUUUGCGUGUGUGUCAUUGGGUGUUUUGGUUUUAAGUACCUGACUUCAGGCAGUGAGGCCCAAAAUAAAUUGUUUGAUUUUAGAUACCUUUGCUGCAAAAUGGUUUUAGUAGUGAUGCAGUGCAUUGAUGUGUAGUAACAUUUUGUUCUUGAUUCCAUUUACAAGUUAAGCCCAUGAUUUUCCUUCACAAAAUAUUAUAAUAGGGGUAGGUACUGAUGUAUUGUUAAGUUGGUUGACCAAAUGCACCAUUUUCCUCAAAUUACAAUUGGUUGUUCAUAAAGAGAGAAGGUUUGAUAAUUAUCAAAGGUAGUGAAACAGUAAAAUGGAUGUGUCUAUGACAAAAUAGUAAUGAUACUAAGUCCUUCUCUUUAAUUGUUAUGUUAUAAUUACAUGUAAAUUUUUGGUCAUAAAAAUUUUUGUGAAGAUUUCUACAGAAAAAUAAAUUUUGAUGAUCUUUUCAGUAUAUCCUGUUGCCAGAUUACUUCAUUAUCUCAAUGUGAUCAUUACAUCCAGUUUGAGUGGUGUUAAUGCUAUCAUAUCACAUGAAGUCAGUUUAAGACUUGUAUAAGUCAAUAAUUUGUUUCUCAUUCUUUGCAUAUAUUACAACUAUUUAAACUCUUGCUUUAAACUUCUGUAUGUCUUAAAGUUAAUGUAUGUAGAAUUAAGUCAAUGGAUAUAGUCAUGCAUCUUGUAAUUGAGAAGAAUGUUAAGAUUUUGUUCAAACAAGUUUACAACUUUACAAGCUUAUACAUGUGUGCUUUUGGAAUCUAAAGUUGUAUAAAAGAAUAUUUUUUUUUUAAAUUGCAGUAGUUCAGUUUUGCCAUUUUGCAAACAGUUUUUGACUCAUGUGCAAUAUUAUCAUGGUGCAAAAAAAUAUAUUCAUAACAGUUAUUUUGUGCAAUUUCAGAGAUAAAUAUUAUACUUAAGUUCUGUUUGGUAGUGUCUACUACCUUUAAGUACUAAAAUAGAGAUUGUGAAAUUGUAAAAUAAAUUAUAAAAUUAUGAAAUUAUUUUUCGACUUGGGCAUCACUGCUUGAAUGAUAACCCUCCAUACUAAUUGACCAUACCAUUUCAAUACUGAUUUGUGAACCAUUAUGGCUUAGCAAACAAACCUAUGCAUCAGAAAUCAUGCUAUUGCCCUAAUUUAAUUUUUUUUUCAACUUGUUUGUACAUGACGAUAUAAAUACCUUAUUAUUUUGGUGUGUUCCUAUUUUGAAGUUAGUUGUACUUUGUAAAAUGUGUCACAAGAUAAUUUUUAAUCUGUUUAUUUUUUUGUAGAAUUUUAGUAAAAAAUUUAUAUUUAUUAUCAUUUAUAGUAUGUAGUAGAAAUUACUAAAUUAGCUUCAAAUAUAAUUUUUUUAUAUCUGUGAGGUGAUUUAAUUUUGGGUGAUUGGCCAAAAAAAUGCAUUAGGUUUUUUUUUCUCUGUGAAUAUUAAAAUUUAUACAUAUAGUUCUAGAUUGGAGAAAAUUCAUUGUUUUGUCAUACAUCUGAAAACUUUUAGCUAAAUUAAUUAAAUUAUAUGGGGUUGUGCAAAUACCUCUUGUAUAAUGAAACAAAAAAAUAAUUAUAUUUUGAGAGCAUCAAAUAAAUGUAAAUACUUAU